AACCCCAUCAGGUUCACACCAUUCAUUGCCUCACAAAAUUCAACCCAUCAAUUUCACACCAUUCAAUUCCCAAUUCCUGUUUAUUUAACACUAAACAAUUCACUACUUGUGUUGUGCCAGCCUAUUUGUAGUUUUGUACAAAGACUUCCCCUAAGCUUUACAUUUCUUAGUUUCGCAAGAUUUAGAAACAAAAACAUAAAAUGACUAGAGAUUCAGAGGAUACAGCUUCCAACAAAUCAUGUUUCUCCGGUAUCCUUCGACGGAUUUUAUGCACCGGAAGCCUUCCGACCCAUCCAUCCGACUCCGAUAUCGUCCCGGGGUCUGACGAUUUAAUUCUGGAAAAGAAAAAUAUUCAAGUUAAAGGUCAGGGUACCCCAGGAGUUGUGGCAAGACUAAUGGGACUUGAGUCACUGCCAGAUAUAAAAUGGGUUCCAAAGGAUGCAGUUAAUCUUCGAAGCAGAUCAGUGAGGUCUGCAGAUUACUUCCCACAGUUUCAUCAUUUAUCGGAAGAAUCACAGCACCGAAGAGUGAAAACAUCGGUUUCUUUUCGUGAGAUUCCAACCUUUUUGCAUCAGCAAAAUGAAGAUCUUUUUGUGGUUUGUUUCGACAAAAGAGAUGGUAACAAUGCAUCUGAAGAUAUCAAGAACUUAAAGAGUGGUAGUAGAAGUGCUCGCGGAAAUAUGAAGGAACGAGUAGCGGUGAAGAAGAAAGAAAAACAACAGAUCAAGAAAAGGAAUGUCGAACCAAAGAAAAGCUAUGUGAAAGGGAGUCAUGUAUUGCCGUACUACACCAAAUCAAAUGAAGUUUAUAUAAGAUCAAGUCCAAGAAUACAGAAAAAGAGGCGGACAAAGGCACCAAAUAGUUAUUGUGAAGAGCAGGUCUCUAGCGGAAUUAAGCAUGCAAGGAUGAGGGAAAAUAGAAGGACCAGUUCUCAUGCACGGAUUGGAUCUAGCUCCAGUACUGGUUCAUGCUCUGAAUCAACGACGACAACAUCAGAGGAUUCAAGGAAGGCGGGUCAAAAUUUCUUUAAACAAUCAAAAGCAGCAGUUACAAUAGGAAAUCAAAUAACAGAGAGUGAAGGUCUAGUGAAGAGUAAAGUGAUGAAUUUUUACAUAAAGAAUUUAGCGGAAGUUUGCAGGUUAAAUGAAGAAGAUGCAGAAAGUUGUCAUGAUUGGAAAUGGAUGAAGCCUGAGAGCUUAAAGUUUGAUGACAGUGGAGACAUAUGCUUAGAAUUUGAACAAUGUAUUCUUGAUACAUUGCUUCAACAGCUGGUAGAUGAACUUUGUUGACAAGACCUUUUAAGCUAAUUCUUGUUGAUAUAACUUAGUUUCUACAGCUUGUGUAUUGUGUAAUUCUUCUUUGUCUCUGCAGUGGGACUGCUUUUUAUAGUGAAUGUAAAGUCUGCUAGCAAGUUUGAAAUGA